UUCUCACCUUAGAGAGAAUCCGAAAUCGAACGCAGUGGUGGCAGGGGGUAAAACCGGUGUCGCCGCUUUCUCCGUGUAUAACCGGUAAGCUGAGCCGUGACCUGCGAAGCCAUGGCCGGGAAGGAAGAGAAGCGAGAACCAGACGAGCUAGCGGAGUCACUGAACUAUCUCUUCACCAAUCUGUCCACCAUGAUCAAAGGCGAACUCCAGGGGACAAACAAUCUACUGGAACUUUUGGAGAAGAUGAAUGUCAGAGUGGCAGAAGAGUACAAAGGCUUCGGAGACGUUGCUUCUGGGUUAAGGGUCUUUGUGGAGCAGCUUAAAUCCAAAAGUGGUAGCUUUGACGAGUAUGUGAAGCACAUUGAUGCAAUAGAGCAGCAAGUGACAGAAUUUGAAGCUGUAAUUUCGAUGCUCGAUGAAUACGUUUCUUCACUGGAAUCAAAAGUGCUACAUCUUUACCAAGCUCCCCCUUCGUGAGCAUCAUUUCUUGCCACUGAGAUCCAUCUCAACAUCUUGAUUCAUUUGUCUCUACUGUGUUGUAUAUUCUGCAAUGUUCAUAUAUGUGCAUGCCAUUCUAAUUCUAGUAUCCUUCCUGCUGUUUCUUCUUUUC